CCCCCGCCCUGAGGGAGCCGCGGCGCCGCCGCCAUUUUGGAGCCGCCGCCGCCGCCGCUCCGCCGCCGCUGCCCGCGCAGCCCCGGCCGGCCCAGCCCGCGGGCCCGGCCCGCAGCCCGGCCCGGCAGCGCCCGAGGGCAGCCCGGCACCCGCAGGAUUGGAGGCCUGCAAAGGAAUUCACACUGGAUGAAAACCAUUUCCUGAAGCUGGAUCUAUUCCAGGAACUGUAACCCAAAUGUUUCUCUGUCCGUGGAGGAGAUUUCACGUUUGAAGAAACUUCUACUGAAGGCAGCCCUGUGCCAUCACCAUGUUCUGGAAGUUCGAUCUGAACACGACGUCGCACGUGGACAAGCUGCUGGACAAGGAGGAUGUGAGCCUGGAGGAGCUGAUGGACGAGGAUGACGUCCUGCAGGAAUGCAAGGCGCAGAACCGGCGCCUGCUGGACUUCCUGUGCCAGCAGCAGUGCAUGGAGCAGCUGGUCACCCUCAUCACCCACGAGCCCCCCGUGGACAUGGACGAGAAGGUCCGAUUCAAGUAUCCCAACACGGCCUGCGAGCUGCUCACCUCGGACGUGCCGCAGAUCAACGACAAGCUGGGCGGGGACGAGAGCCUGCUCAACAUCCUCUACGAGUUCCUGGAGCACGAGCCCCCCCUGAACCCCCUCCUGGCCAGCUUCUUCAGCAAGACCAUCGGGAACCUCAUUGCACGCAAGACAGAGCAGGUGAUCUCGUUUCUGAGGAAAAAGGACAAGUUCCUGAGCCUGGUGCUAAAGCACAUCGACACCUCUGCCAUGAUGGACCUGCUGCUGCGCCUCAUCAGCUGCGUGGAGCCCACGGCGCUGCGCCAGGACGUGCUCAACUGGCUGAAUGAAGCCAGGAUUAUCCAGAGGCUGGUGGAGCUGAUCCAUUCGAGCCAGGACGAGGAUAGGCAAUCCAACGCGUCCCAGACCCUGUGCGACAUCAUCAGGCUGAGCAGGGACCAGAGCACGCAGCUCCAGGACGUCCCAGAGCCGGAUCCCCUUCUCACAGCACUGGAAUCGCAGGAGUGCGUGGAGCAGCUCCUCAGGAACAUGUUCGACGGCGAGCAGAGCGAGGCCUGCAUCGUCAACGGCACCCAGGUGCUCCUGACGCUGCUGGAGACGCGGCGCUCCGGGGUGGAAGGCCUGAUGGACUCGUACACUCAGGGAUUCGAGAGGUCUUACGCUGUCAACAGCAGCAUCUUGCACGGCAUCGAGCCCCGGCUCAAGGACUUCCACCAGCUGCUGCUGCGCCCGCCCAAGAAACCGGCCAUCCUGACCACGCUGGGCGUGCUGGAGGAGCCGCUGGGGAACGCGCGGCUGCACGGCUCGCGGCUGAUCGCGGCGCUGCUGCACACCAACACCCCCAGCAUCAACCAGGAGCUCUGCCGCCUCGGCACCAUGGACUUGUUACUUGAUUUAUUUUUUAAAUACACGUGGAAUAACUUUUUGCAUUUCCAAGUGGAGCUGUCCAUAGCAGCCAUCCUGUCGCACUCGGUGCACGAGGGGAAGGCCAGCCCGGGGGAGCCGGGCAGCAAAGAGGAGGCAGCGAGCGGCAGCGGCAGCGGCAGCGGGAGCAGCAAUGAGAGCGGGAGCGGCAGCGGCAGCGGCAGCGGGAUCGGGAGCGGCAGCGGGAGCGAGAUUGGGAGCGGCAGCGGGAGCGGGAUCGGCAGCGUGGCACCGCAGCCGGCGGAGCCCGCGGGGCCCCCGCAGCCCCUGCAGCCCCCGGACACCCCGCAGCCCCCAGAGACCCCGGCCGGAGCCACCGAGAACGUCAUGGUCACACACCUGUUCCAGAAGUGCUGCCUGCUGCAGAGGAUACUGGACGCCUGGGAGGCCAAUGACAAAAUCCAGGCCGAGGGCGGCAGGAGGAGAGGGAACAUGGGGCACCUGACGCGCAUCGCCAACGCCGUGGUGCACAACAUGGAGAAGGGGCCCAUGCAGGCCCAGAUCAGCGACUUCAUCAAAGAGCUGCCUGAGGACUGCAGGGGCAGGUGGGAGAGUUUUGUGGAGGAGACGCUGACGGAGACGAACCGGAGAAACACGGUGGAUCUGGUGAGCACCCACCACCUGCACUCCUCCAGCGAGGAUGAGGACAUCGAAAGCGCUUUUCCCAACGAGCUCACCCUCCAGCAGGCCUUCUCCGAGUACCAGAUCCAGCAGAUGACGGCCAAUUUUGCGGAUCAGUUUGGCUUCAACGACGAGGAGUUUGCAGACCAGGAUGACAACAUCAACGCCCCCUUCGACCGCAUCGCCGAGAUCAACUUCAACAUCGACGCCGACGACGACAGCCCCAACGCCUCCCUGUUCGAGGCCUGCUGCAACGAGCGCAUCCAGCAGUUCGACGACAACGAGGAGGAGGAGGAUAUCUGGGAGGAGAAGGGCAUCUCCUACGCAGCCCAGGUCAAGUCCAGGACACGGUUUGGAGCCUCGCAGACGUCGGAGAGCUCCAAGAGUGACCUGGAGAACGGGGACCACGACGGCAGCGUGGACUCGGAGGAGGAGGAGGAGCCGCCGCCCUCCCCGCACAAGGGCGGCGCCCCGGAGCGCAAGGAGCCGGAGCCCGCCCAAGGGGCGGGCUGGACGGCCGUGUUCGAGCCCGCCAGCCCCGCGCCGCCCGUGGCCAUGGACGUGGGCUCCAGCGUGUGGGACUCGGCCGCGCCGCAGAGCAGCGCCCCGGAGGAGAAGGGCUGGGCCAAGUUCACGGACUUCCAGCCUUUCUGCUGCUCCGAGUCGGGCCCUCGCUGCAGCUCCCCCGUGGACGCCGAGGGCGGCGGCACCGACAGGACCCCGGCGCAGGGCCAGGACAAGAACUCCCGAGUGCAGGGGCGCUGUGUGAGCCCCGGGCGCUGCAGUGAGGCCGUUCCCGCAGCCAGCGCCUCUCCCUGCGCCUGGAACGCCUGCGGGACGCGCAAGGCGCCGCUGGGGGCGCUGGACAGCAGCUCCUCGGGCAGCUCCGACAGCGACGACGACGACGACGACAAGGCCAAGGCUGCCACGGAACCCACGGCACAGGAGCCCGGCAAGGACAGGCCGCCUCCCGCCAGUGGCUGUGAGCGGGCGGCCCCGCAGGCGCUGCCCGAGGGCGGCACGGCCGGCGCCCCCCGCGCCCGGAGCAGCGCGGCCACGCACACGGACGGGCACCAGAGAGCGGCCACCGCUGCCACAGCUGCCUCAGACACGGCCACGAGAGACAGGAGUGACGAGGCCUUGCCCUGCGCCGAAGCCACGUUGAACGGCCCCGCUUGAUGCCGCCGCUGCCCCGGGACGUGUGUGAGCCAGGCCAGGCUGCUCCCUGGUGAUGCAAUUUGUCAAUUCUUUAUUAUUUUUUUUUCAUUCUAAUUUUAUUUUUUAAUAAAUGCUGCAUUGAUGAGAGCGA